GAAAGUUGCGGCUAUUGUAAAAUGAAGGUCAAAUUGAAAAAGAAAAGUGUGAAGAAUGAGGAAGAAAACGAGGAAAUGUAUGUCAGAUUAGGAGAUGUACCUCUGGACAUAUUACGGUAUAAUAUAUCGAUGCAAUCAGGAGUGGAACGAAAGGAAACUCGCAAAUCCCUACUUCUCAAAAUGGGCGCUAAGAAACCGAAAAACCCAUACAUUAAUUACAAAGAACUCAUGCAGAAUAAGGCAAAGGCUAAGGCCGAGGCUGAAGCGUUUGCUUUCGAUCGCAGUGCUAGUUUCGUCAACAAAAAGCUCCCUUUAAAGCAGGCAAAAAAGAAACGGAAAAACCAACAGAAAGACAGACCAAGAAAAAAAUAAGAAGACAGAGUCAACAUCAACUCUGAGAUGCAGAUACAUCCAGCUGACGAGUCCCAAAUGGGAUGAAACGCACAUCCUGGAUUUCACUGCUAGCCACUAUCCAUCGUUUGUCAUACACCUGUAUUAUCUAUAAAAUAAAAGUAACUAUUACUUAUCUACAAAAUACUACUAUGUAAAAUAUUCUCAGUAGUAAUAAUUUUAUUGUAAACUUAAGGAAUAACUUUACAUUCAAAAUGUUUUUUAUAAGAGUUCUAAAAAUAAUAACGAUAUUAGAGUAUUUAUGGUUUUUCGGCACACUUGAGUUAGCCUCCUAGUACUUUAUAGGGUCUUGAUAACUUAACGAACAGAAAGUGAAUUCAAGUGUGAAUUUUUCCUGCUAAUAGGCUGAACUACUACAAGUUCACAAAAAAGACGUUUUCCAAAUGGUAUUACUUUGGCGAUAUGAAACGAAAUCCAUCGCAGUAGUGGAAUUACAUUCAUCAUCGGAAUCUUAAAUUAAGUAUGAUUUCUAACUUUUCAUAUUUUCACCUCAUUCCUUGUGAACUGUAUUUCUCACGCUUAAAUUUCGGUUGUAAUUGGAAUUAUAUUCUUCUUUUCGCCUCUCACCUUGUUACUUUCUUACUUCAAUGAACCAAUGUAAGGCGUAACAAUGUGGAUCGGUAUAGAUUCGUAUCAAAUCCUACGCUGAUAACAACUGACUGACUUUUGAUACUAUCAACGUAAGUAAAACCAAUCCAGCAUAUUAGUAUGUUUACUAUAAAAUGACAUACAAGUUUCGUGUUUAUUUUGCCUCACUUAUGACAAGAUAGUUUUCAGUUAACAAUCAAUGAAUUAUGUUACUAUUCAACGUAUAAUCACAUGUUUAUUAUAUAUCUGGCAUAACUUUUUUUAAGGCAAAUGAUUAAAUAGUAAAUCAUACUGAAUGGAUAAAUAAACAUUAAAACUAUCUCUCUUUUUAAUUUACUUGAAGUUUUUGUAUUUCUCGACGUAAAUUUAAUGUUUCUUCUUCAAGUCCACGAAUAGUUGUCAUCAAUACGGAAUUUUCAUUACGUAAUGUAUUAUUUAAUUCUUGUUCUUUUGUACGUUCUCUUUCCAUCUAAAUUUGUUAACAGAAAAAAAAGAGACUAAUUAUAGAACUAGUUCUAAUAUUAUUUAAAUAAAAUUCUCUAGAAAUAUUUAUGCGUGAAUACUUUUCUUGGUUUUAGUAAAUUAAUUUGAUGAUCCCUAAAAUAUAAGAAAGGACAAAAAUAACUGAUAUCCGUCUAAUCAAUACUGAUUCUAGGUUUUAUUGGAACUUUAACUUCAUAAGCAAAAGUCCUGAAUUUCAACAAAUAGUAUCGUAAAUAAAUACUACUCAGGGAACUUUAUCAGAUAUCAGAUCGUUAUUGACGAAUAAUAUACUGAUUCAUUUUGUAUUGUUUGCUUGAAUCUUCUCAUUGACGUUUAGGACUGCAAUCGAUCAGUCUGGUUAGCGCUUAGCAUUUAAGGAAUUCUUUUCAUGUAUAAUAACAUUAAUUAUUGAUAUCAAAUAACAAGGAACUCGGGUAAAUGUUCACAAAACAGGAUUAAUAAAUCAUUUCUCUGAUGUACUAAAAAAAGUGAACUUUAUUAGGUGGCUGAUUUGAAUAAAUGCGUUUUUGAAGAUCAGUCUAUUGAAGAAGAGAAAAUUCUAUGAUUAGAGACUGGGAGAUGAAGAAGAUAAACGAAAUUCUAUAUCUAUGUCAAUAGUGUUGAUCAUUGAUUGGAAGUAGUAUAUAUAUAUGUUUUAGUACAAAAGAGACGUUUCUAGCUCGGUUUUAACUUUUAAAAUCUGACAUGAAUGGAGAGACUAAGUUUAGUUCAGGUUUAAAUUCUAACUAAGAAAUCAAAUCUAAACUUCGCUCUAGCAGUGCAUGUUAGUAAUAUAAUAUUUGAUACUGUAAUUCAAAAAUGUCUCACUAAGCUGUUCAACUAAAGUUAAUUUUUCUAAUUUUUUAUCUACAGCACUUACAACAAUAAUAAGGAUGUUAGAGUACAGUUUAGUAUUAAAUAAUAUAAACGACAAAGUUCUCCAUUGCAUCAAUUGAACUUCACGUAGAUGAAAGUUAUUUUUGACUAAACUGUUGACUUAUAUGUAUAUAUACUAUAUUUGAAGUAAUCUCAGCGAUUGAAAUUUAAGGAAUUUCAACGUUUCAUCCAGCAAUUUUGUUUGGAAUUUUUCAGGGUAUUUAUCAAAAUUAUCAAAGAACAAAUCUGCACUAAAAGCUUAUUUAGGAAAUUAUAAGUCAGUUAGACGUAUAUAAUGCAAUAAGUCCACAAUGUGAACAUAAUAAAUGUGUAUGUAUGUGUACUUUUAUGUUAUUAGUAAUUACAACUACGUGAAUAAAUGCAGUCUCUUUCUACUAUCAUAAACAUUUUAACCAUUCUAUUUAUGAUUAAUAAUAAUAGUACAAUCGAAAAGUUUUCUAAAACGUCGAAGUGUAUGUACAAUGAGAAACGUGAUUUUAAAACAUUCGAAUUAAUUUCUUUUUGUUGGAAUAAAGCUACAGGUGAUAUAAACAGGGUAGAUAGAGAUAAAGUAUGGAUUACAUGUCAUUAAGCAUUUUCCAAAGGGUGGCUAGUUGCGUUCCAUAUUUUCUGUUCAGGCUGUUCUGAUUAGCCCAUAUAUACAGCGUUUCUGUUGUCAACCUUGCUUUGCGCGCGCCUAACCCUUUCUGAAGUGGUUUCUGUUAAAUUAUUCGUCCAAAUAUUGACGAAUAUUCAUAUAGACUUGAUUAUUAUAGGGUAAUUAACUCAAGUAAUAUUUACAGUAUGAACAAAUAUUUCAGAAAAUGUUUCAAGAACAUAAAAAACAUUGUAUAGAUUUAAUGGCAUCUGAAAUAAACAGUGAUUAUUUUAAAACUCACUUUUUCUGCCAUUUUCUUCCAUUGAAUUUGUUCUUUUCUUACUCGUGUUAAUUCACAAUCGAUUUCAUGUUUUUGUAUUCCUGCAUCAUUCAUACUUCUUAAUAAGUUGGCAUUUUUUUCAGUUAGAUUAGCAUUUUCAACUGAAAUAUAUACAUAUACAUAUAUAUUAAAAAUAAGUAAGUUGGUUAACUUCUAAAUCAAAUAAAGCCAUCAUUCCAAAGAUUAGUUGUAUGCAUAAGAAUCAGUAUUUGUUUCUAAUUGUUGUAUACAAAGUAUGUUUUAAUCUCAAUUUCAGAUUAAUAACAGAUACUUACAUUCAGCCAUAUUUUUUUUAGAUUCAAAUGUUUGUAUACAUUUAAUUACUUCCAGCUUAUUUAACAGCAGUGAUUUCUAUUACAAUUUAAGUAUGGUUAUUCUUAUGGAUAAGUUAUAUAAUACAUGCUUUCAAAGUGUAUAUGUAAUUGCUUUCUUUCUUUGUUUGAACCAGAGUGAUAUUUAUCUAUUUUGAUUAUUUAGGCAGAGUAUAUUUAUUCGUUUAUGAGAGCCAAUACAUAAUGUAAAUAGCAUUGUAAAAUACUUUUGUAGGCUUCUUAGCAUGCUCAUAAUUAGUCAGAAAUUUUUUUACAAUCAUAGGUAGGAAACGACAGUGUAAUAUAUGAUCAUCCUACUUCGCGAUUGAUUUGCUGAAUAGUAAGCGAAGUAGGAACAUAGGAAUGUUAAAAUAGGUCAUUAUUUCCAUGCAUAGCUUCCCCUAUAUCGUUGUUCCAUAACUUUUCAGUGAAUUUCUUAGUAGUGUUUUUGUAUUAGAAUUUUCUAUAAAACUAUCUAUGACCAUGAAAAAGAUUCAAAAAGUAACCCGUUUACUCUCAAAUAAUUAAGAUUCUUUAGCGACGUUUUUAUAAUAAUAAUAAUAAUCGGAUUGAACUUUAAAUCUUUAAAGAAUAAUAGAUUUUUUAAGACUAUCAUACUGCUAACGGUUUGAUUGGUUCUCUAGCAAAUUGUUUUUGAUUUCCACAAACUUCCUCAUCAUUUUGACUGAAAAACAGCUUCAAAAUUACAAAUUCUUUUUUAACACUAUAGCUGACUCGAACCUAUAGUGUAAUUAUAUCCUUUUCAAUUAUUGUAUAAAUGUAGUUUUAAAAGUUUUACUUUCUCUCACCCUGUAUAUUAUUGAUCUUCAUUUGCAAUUCAUUAUUAGUAUGUUGACAUUCUGUUGACAAUCUUUCUAAUUGCUUUAGCUGUAUUUCUACUUCAGAACGUUUAGCAGCUGCAUCUGUCGUUUCCAUUUGUAGUUUUUGUACACGUUCCAUCAUUUCAUGUAAUUGAACUUUAGUAUCAUUUAACAAGUUCUUAUUGUUAUCUAAACGUUCCUAAAUUAAAGAGGCAAAUUAAUAAACGUACUUAUUGGUACGGUUUACAUUGAUGUAAGUGUAGACAAAAGGGAAAACAGUUUAGAUUUUGAGUUGUUCUUUUAGAAAAAAAUACCAUUUUGUUGUCAUAAUUCAUCGUUAAAUAUAUUCAAGUGUUUCGUCCACAAAGUGGUACAG